UCGAAUAACUCUUAAUCAGGAUAGUAUGUAUAUAAACAUCUGCUUUGCGAGAGUUACGGUAUAUUUGAGUUUCUCAUCGUUCGAUAUAAACUAUUGUGUAUUGCUUCGAAGAAUAAUUUUAUCAAUCAUGAAGUACGUUUUGACGUUCUUCGCGGCUAUAAUUGUCGUUGGAGUUUCUGCCGUACCAUUUAAUGGCAAUAGAUCGAACAUACAUAAUGAAAACUCUUUCGAUGUAUUUAAUGGCAAUUAUACGCCAUCUUUGGAUAAAGAAUUCUCAGAUUUCAUGAAACUCAUACCUCUCGACAAACUAGGUGUAAUUUUGGAGAAAUACAAGAAUGAUCCCGUAAUAAUAAAUGGAUAUACUUAUCUAUAUCAUAAACAUUUCCAUGGUUUGGUAUAUGCUGUAGAGGCAUUACCAGAAUACCAUAGUUUAGUUCUUUAUCUUAGAGAAUCGGGAUUAGACAUAAUUAAACGAAUUAAAAUAUUUCAUUUAAUGUAUGGAAUGGAAGAUUAUGUACCACCCAAACCAUUGUAUGAACUAUUUAAGAAGGAAGACAAUUUUGAAGGUGGAUUUAAAGGUCUCUUCAAAGAAAUUAUUGCAAUCCUUCCUGUAGAGGAAUUGAAGGAACUUCACAAAAGGAAAGUCAAGGAAUCGGAAACCUUCAGCAAAUUCGUUUCUUAUGUGUCUGACCCAAAAUUCUUUGAUAUCCGCAAGGCUCUUGGUGAGAAAAAUCAAACGCAAGAACUUAUUAAAAAUAUGAGACUAGUUGGUAUUGAUUAUCUUGGGUAUGAAGAUCUUCUAAAACAUAUCUUUGGCUUCGGAUCAUGAAUUAUUCAAUAGAUUUUUCAUUCAAUAGUUUUAUUCAUUUAGAAUAAAACUAUUCCGUUAUAUAUAUAUAUAUAUAUAUAUAUAUAUAUAUAUAUAUAUAUAU